GACUCUUAAAGAAGGUCAAGUAAACAAAUGGCAACUUGAGGAGCUGGUACUGAUUGUGAUAUAAUUCCCGAAAAAACUUUAAUUUAUAUUUUCUUAAAGAUUCGAAAAUGAAUUCAGUUAAACGUAAUUUUAAAUCAAUAAUUGUUAUUGGUACAGUUGUUGGAGGUAUUGUUGUUGCAUCAUAUUCUGUAAUAAUUGCCCCUUUCCUGAAUCCUACUCCCUGGAGUGAGUAAAAAAAGUGUUGCUUGUGACUUGUGACAUUGUAAAUUAAUAUGAAUAGUAUAGGAAAUAAAAUGGGCCUACACUGCUACAGUAAAUUAAUUACUAAUAAGUUAGGCAUUAACACUGUAUAAUUUUUAAUAUGAAUAUGCCCUAUAUAAAUGCAUAAUCUUGACUCAAACUGUCACAAACCUCUGCCCCCCCCCCCCUUUUUUUUUUGAAUUUAUCAUUUGGUCAAAUUGUCUUCUUAAUCUUAUACACUAACUAAAGCUUAAUUAUUAGCAAAAUUUAAAAAUUCUUUAAAAAAUGACUGUCUCACUGUGGUUUUCAGACUGUCAUCUUAAAUAUUGUUCUUUUUCAUAUCUAAAAAUACUAAAAUAAAUUCGCUAGUGUAGUUCUGUAGGAAAAUUCACUAAUAGUCGUGCUGCCUUUGAGUCUUUAAUUGUAACCAUUUGGUUUACGAACUAUAAAAAGAUUCCUAUGGGGGUCAGUCGUGAAUUUCUGAUGAUGAAUUAUCAUUAUGAUAUUUAUGAGGUUGUCUAAAUUUGUAGAAAUUUGUAACAAUGGGCACGGGGUAGGGUGGGGGCAGUCCAAAAUUUACCAUAAUAUUGUGGCAUCAUUUUUUAAUGUCCCCCAUCCCAAUGAUGCCCCCCUCCCAUCCCAUUAAUAUCUGAAUUACUACACCCCUGUCAGAAAUAAUUCCUUAGAGCAGAGGUUCCAAGACUGUGUGCCGCUGGGCUCUGGGGCCGGCAGCUUUCUCAAGGGCUGUCAAGAACUGAAUAAAAUAUUCCAUUUAAAUAUUGCUUUUGACUUUUGCACUGUGCACUUGUUAGAAUUGGACAAAGGUUGCCUAGAGAAAAAUAUGGAUGCAGCAAGAAAGCAGUGACUUGAAAAAUUCAGGAACCUUAGCCCUAGAAUAUAUAUUAUAUGCCCUGUCAACUAUUUUUCAUUCCUUCCCUUUUUAGUUCUUCUAAUUCCCAGACUCCAGUCCUCCACUUUUUUAAACAUAAUUUAUCAUGGCAUUCAAUGUCACUGCCCUUUUAGAAUCUCAUUCUCUAUUCAAUUCUGUAACUUAAUCUCCUCCCAGAGCCCAUUUUAGACAACCUCACAUACCUGUGAACUAGUUCUAUGUGUACUUAUUAAUAAUGAAAAUGAUGGGAGUUUAAAUCAUAUACAACAAAUAAUCAAACAUUUACAAACAUAAAGAAGGAAAAUGAAAUAAUUAAAAUUGGUGUAUAAAUGAAUAAUGGUUAAAAAUACUGUAAUUUAGUGUAAGUUGUUUUAAUUCCACUUUUUAUGUGACAUCUCAUUGUUAAAACCUCCAUCCUCACAUCACACAUAAUCACAGUAAUGUGAGACUCCCAUCCCAGUGUGUGACAUCUUUUAUGGAUGGCCCCUUAAAAUGGAUGACUUAAAAUGAAAGUGCCUUCUCUAAAGAUGACUCAAAUAUGCUCAGUGUGUGGCAGAGUGUUAUGCACCAUAACCUUUGCUAAAACAUAAUGAUAAUAUCAUUACUACCCGUUACUCUUUAAUUGGCCUUAGCAUAAUUCUGGAUGAACUAGGCUCAAACGGAUUAAAAUUUGAUAGCUUUGGAAUAUUAUUUAGUUUGUUGAGAAUUUGAUUUUGUUACUGUGAGCAGACAUAAGUGUUUUAGUGGAGAGAUAAAACCAUACACAAAUAAAUCAAAUAAUUUUUAGAUAGAACUUUGAGUUAGAUUUAAUUAUAUUUGAAUUAAUUAAAUUCAUCAUAAUUUACAAACAUUACCUUCUUGUUUCAGAAGAAGAACAAAUUAGAAGCAGGCAAGGUAUUGACAGAGAAAAGAUACAACCAGGCAGUAAGCUCUAUACACCACCUCAUUAAAAAUCAAAUGGUGGGGGGAAUUGAUAUUAUUUCUUUUUCAUCAGGGAGGAUUAAAUUUAUAUUAACCAUUUGAGAAGCGUUACUGCUUUCCAGGUAUUACGCUUCAUUCAGCAAAUCUUGCCGCAAGCAGUGCGCCACAAUAAAAGAUGCCUAGUGAUUUUAACUCUCCUUAUUAAGGAGUUAAAAAAAGCCUAUUUAUAAAUAGGUAGUAUAAAACUCUUGUUUGUUGAGGUUUGGUGAAUGUAGCAGUUCCCUUAAUUUUUACAAUACUGUCGAUUUUUUUAAAAUAGUGCUUUUUUGACAAUAGAUCUACGCUGAGAAAAUGAUCAUUCUAGAAUCGCUUCAAACUUCUAGUAUGACGGCUGUUAGUGGCAACAGUGAUGAAUUUGAUGGAGAAAUAGAUAAUGGAAAUGAAUGUAAUGUUGGUAUUAAAUUAUCUCAAUAUCUUGAAAACCCAGAUGGAGAUGGGCCAGAGGAUGAAGAUGAUGACAAUGUUGAUAGAUCUGACUGGUCUAGGAUUGAUAUUGAUAAAUUUCUAGAUGUAACUGGUCUUAAUGAUUAUAAUUCUGAAUAGCAUGAUUACUUUUCUUAACAUUCAUCCCUGCGACUUACUAUGAAGAGUUGGUAAUGCAAACUAACAUGUAUGCAAGCUCUAACAAGCCACCCAAAGUGAUAUGAAACUAAGAUUUUUUAAUCAAUAAGAUUUUUGGAAGUCAUCAGCUACCAGAAUAUAAACACUAUUGUCCAAGUCAUGAGCCGUGAGGUGUUCAUGCAGUAGCUAAAGUGAUGAGUAGAAUUCAAUUUGAACUCUUAUUGAGAUGUUUUCAUGUGAAUGAUAAUAGUAAAAUUAUUUCAAAGGGUGCUGAUCCUACUUUCAAAGUUAGGACUAAGCUAGAUUUUGUGAGAAAUAACUGCAGUGUUAGCAAUUUCUAUCCUGGAAGAAAGCUUCCUUUGAUGAGGCUUUGAUAGGAAGAUUAAUGUUUAAACAGUAUAUCGAACAUACCCAGUGGAGAAUUAAAAUUUGGUGUGCAGCAGACAGCAAAAUGAGUUUGUGAAUCUGAAAUUUUCAGUCAGAUAGCCUUGGUCUUGGCAAUGAUGUGACGACAACACUUUGAGAGAGAUUUAAAAAUAAAUACCGAUGGCAUAAUUUUUACUCUGGUGGCUUCUUUUCCUCAUGGUAAUAAGAGGGGAGAGUAAUCAGGUUAAAAAAAAUGGAAAAUGAGUGAAAUGAAGUAUGGGAAAACCUGAAGAAAAGAACGCAACAAAAUAAAGAAAGUGUCAGGAACAUUCCUUGUUUUGUUGCAUUCUUUUUUUUUUAGGUUUUCCCAUACUUCACUUCGCAAAUUUACAUCCUUUUCCUUAAUUUUCAAACAAAAAACCUACUCAUGUGCAACUAGUAGCACCAACCAUUAAGGUUAGCACAUUGCUCUCAAGGAAAAACCUAGGAAGACUUCAACCAUGAUGAGACGGAGAGGAAUUUCUUGUUGCUUCUCAAUGGUUGAUAAAGAACUGUUAAUGUGCUUCCCAACUAAUGCAAAUCCAAUAAUGAGUAACGUGUCUAGAAGAAAUGCUAGCAGAUUUGCAGAGAAAGAAGUUCCUACACAGAUCAUCAUUUAUAACCAAUGCAUGAGGGGGUGUUGAUUUACACAAUUAGUGCAUAUCCUAUUAUUCACUAGGAAGAAGAAGUUUGAAAUGGUGAUGCCUUAUUGGGUUCUUACUCCAAUAGCUGUUGUAAAGUCUUUAUCAGAUAUACUGGGACAUACAGUCAUUCAGCAGUGACAAAAUUGUUACAUACUCAAUUUGACUUUUGAUUGGCAGUCUUUGUAAGCCCUAUAAAUUAUAAAAAAAAUAACUCUGCCAGCAGAACAUCAAGAAAACCAGCAGUAACAGGAGCUGCUGAUAAAACUCAAACCAAAAUUAAAUUCCCUGUAAGAAAAUAGAAAUGCCAACACUGCCGAAAGACUGGACACAAGACAGAAAAAUGUUUUCAGGUUGAAACAUGCUAUGGGUGGAGCAAAUCAAAUAACACAAAACCGGAAGGCAAUUGAAUUAUUUGAAUGUGAUUUUGGUCUAUAGUUGUUAAAAAUGAACUUUUUGAAAUUUUGAAAUUUUUUUUUACAAUUUCAGAUCUUAUAAACAAUUGAAGUAUUUUAUUUGAAUUGAAAUGUCAUAUUUUCUCUGCAAUUAUAAGUAUUUUUUUUUUAAGGACUGGAUGAAUGUCUGAUUUUGUAUAAAUAUUAAAGUUAGUACUUAUAGAACACAAUAUUGAGUUAUUUCCCUUAGCUCUUUUAGGCCUACUAAGGUCAUUUCUAAUCAGAUGCUAUGGUACUGUUAUAAAGAUAAAUGUACUCCACACAAUUUGCCAGCUGAAUAAAAUAAAAUUACUUAUACAUAUUCUAAAUCUCCACAAGAUUAUUGCAGGAAAACCAAACUAAACUAAAAUAAUAGCGCCUAGACAUCUGUCUACAGAAAAACUAGUGGAUUAUACCUAUUUCCUUUAUAUUCCCACAGCAACCACAAUGAUAGUUAAACUUUAAGUUAAGUAGGUUUCUUUAAAGUAUAGAAAGAUCAUUGAGUUAACUUAGUUUAUUUGUGUGUGUUUAGCAUUAGAGUUGUGCCAAAUCUGAUACCAGCAACAGUAACAUUAAAUUUUGAUCAGUUUCAACUUUUGUUUUUUCAGAUAUGAAAGUGUGGACAGACCCAUUUGAGAGGAAGAGCGAUUGAAAUAUUUUUUUUUUUUAUCAUUACUUCCUCGUGUAAAAAAAAAUAGAAUAAAUUAUAAAUGCACUGACAGGAUAGUAUUUUCUUUUCAACUUGAUCCCCGACCACCAACAUAUUACAUUAAGUUUACCCUAACCCUGCUAGCAGCGUAAUGAAAAGCUCAUGUAGUUUCCUGGCCACCAACAUAUUACAUUAAGUUUAUCCUAACCCUGCUAGCAGCAUAAUGAAAAGCUCAUAUAGUUUCCUGGCCACUGCGUACAGUUUACAGUUAAUAAAGUCUAGUUUAAGUAAGAAAUUGGUUCCAAAUGUAAUUUGCAGAUAAUUAAUUUUAUUGUUGGUAUGUUAAACUUAUGUGUGCAAGAGCUGCCAUGAUUUCUUAACACGCAAAUGUUGCCAUGAUUUCUUAACACGGCUGAGUAAGUUAAAAAAAGAAAUUUCGAAUUUGUUGUACUUUGGGGAGUUUGAACCUGGAAUGGCUGAUUGAGGAACAGUUUGGCAGCAAUAUAAGUUUAGUUUGUAAAAAAAAAUUGAACCAGCAGAGAAUGAAAAAGAAUAUGUUUGUUGACUACAUGACUCUCCAAGUUUGGAUGUUUGGUGCGAAUGUUUCACUGCACAGAAUGACAUGAUAUUUUCUUACCUGUGUUAUAUGAGACAUUUAUUGAUCAAACGUGUGAAAGAAAAUAAAUUCAAAAUGCAAU